GUUUGCCCUGCCAGAGAGAGAUGCCGAGAUGAGAUGUGGUUUAUGAGAUAAAAAAAGGUAUAAUACUGGCACUAUUGUUUACAGACAAGGCCCAUCAGAUGAGCACACCGGAGCAGUAUAGGUGAAUACUACACAGAAGGUCUUAAAUGAUGCCCACCAUUUGGUGACCUCAGCUCAUUUCAUUUUUCAUACCUGACUCAGCUGCUGUCCCAAGAAUCGUGGGUCUGUGCUGGUGGAGAGAUAGCACCCGGAUACUUCAGCUGAAAACAGUUCAGGAUAACCAGUUCUGAGGAAUACUUCAAGUUGAUGCAAGCUGGAACAUGCCGGCAUAAUUUUGGAUUCUUGUACUAAUGUGGGAGAGAACUGUGUCUCAGAACCUCAUUGUUACCUGCAUACUUGUUGGAGAUGCUAUCUGAAUUGACUUAACCAGGAAACGACAAUAACAAAAAGUGACACAGCUGUCGGCUCAGUGUUCCCUGGAUGGAAGCUUAUACUGGAAUAUCUUAACAGGCAAUGAUGCAAUGCGAUGUUCCGGGUCUGGCAGACAUGAGAUCUGAUGGAUCUGCAUGUCCAUCACAUUGAGGUCAAAGGGGGAAAGGACACAAGGUCAAGGGGAACUUGGCAGGGUUGCUAAGUAACACUGUUGGAAGGGCAGGGAAGGACAGCAGCAGCCUCAGCUGUGCACUAUGGCUGGGAAAGACUAUCACCAUCUCUUCAAACUGCUCAUCAUUGGAGACUCCAAUGUGGGGAAGAGCAGCCUGCUUCUGCGGUUUGCUGACAACUCUUUCUCUGGCAGCUACAUUACUACGAUCGGAGUGGACUUUAAGAUCCGCACAGUGGACAUCGACGGGGAGCGAGUCAAGUUGCAGAUCUGGGAUACAGCUGGGCAGGAGCGAUUCCGGACCAUCACCUCCACGUAUUACAGAAACACUCAUGGCGUCAUUAUCGUGUAUGACGUCACGAAUCCAGAGUCAUUUGUGAAUGUCAAGAGAUGGCUGAACGAGAUCUCGCAAAACUGCGACAACGUUUGUAAGAUCAUGGUUGGGAACAAGAAUGACGACCCGUCCAAGAAGCAGGUGGAGACAGCAGACGCUCUGCGCUUUGGCGAGUCUGUGGGUGUCAGAGUGUUUGAAACUAGUGCCAAGGAGAACAUCAACGUGGAAGAGAUGUUCAUGGCGUUUACUCACAUGGUCCUGCGUGCCAAGAAGCAGAGCCAGAGUCGGGCGGAGAGAGAGAGGGAGCGAGAGAAGGACACGGUCAACAUCAACUCCCAUCGAGACAGGGAGAGGAGGAAGAGAGGGAAGAAAUGUUGCUGAGAGAAAGGAGGGAGGGAGAGAGGGAGGGGAUGGAAAGAUGUAUUACAGCAUCCCAUCUCCCACAGUAUGAACGACUGGAAACCCCCUUAAUAUUGCACUGACCGAGGGAGUGGAGGGGAUGAAACUACUGUUAAGUGCCGAAACGUCACUCCGGUGUUACUGUUUUUUUUCUUUUAAUGUCUUUUUAUGUCAGUCUGUCGUGUCUUAUUUUUUUAACUGAAAGGGAACCAUGACCCGUUGUCGCAUUGUAAUUAUUAAACUGUCUAAUCAGUGAGGUCUGCUAACAGGUGUUAAGUGUUCUGCUGUGAUCAUGACCUAGUGAAUUGUCAGUUUUAUUUUUUAAUGAAUAAAAAAAACAUUUUAAUCGCCUCCAGCGGUUGAAAUGAGAUGUCAAAGUAACGAUUUAGCAAUAAAUAAGUCCUAACGCGG